UACUCCAUAUUUCUGCUCUGAGACCGCUCCGCUCGGCAGGGUUCUUCUUCCUCCAAGGAGCUCUCCCGGCAGAUCCAGCCAAGUGCUAUCACCGAGCAAAGAAAGGGGUCGCCGGCCGCCAAGGCAAGAUGGGAGACGUGGCCAACAGCUCCGUGGGUCACCAUGCCAAGAAUCAGCAGCACGGAGCCAACCGGGCCGGGGGUUUCGGCUGCACCCUGCCCGAGCUCCGCUCCCUCAUGGAGCUUCGGGGAGCCGAAGCUCUGCAGAAGAUCCAGGAGACCUAUGGGGAUGUCAGUGGUCUCUGCAAGAGGUUGAAGACCUCCCCCACUGAAGGUCUGUCCGACAACGUCACCGACCUGGAAAAGCGGAGGCAGAUCUACGGACAGAACUUCAUCCCUCCCAAAAAGCCCAAAACCUUUCUCCAGUUGGUGUGGGAAGCUCUCCAGGACGUCACCCUCAUCAUCCUGGAGAUCGCCGCCAUCAUCUCUCUGGGCCUCUCUUUUUAUGCGCCACCCGGAGAACAGAGUGACGCAUGUGGGAAUGUCUCAGCUGGGGCUGAGGAUGAGGGCGAGGCAGAGGCUGGCUGGAUUGAGGGAGCAGCCAUCUUGCUAUCGGUCAUCUGCGUGGUGCUGGUCACGGCCUUCAAUGACUGGAGCAAGGAGAAGCAGUUUCGUGGUCUGCAGAGCCGGAUCGAGCAAGAGCAGAAGUUCCAGGUCAUCCGGAAGGGGCAGGUUAUCCAGGUUCCUGUGGCUGAACUCGUGGUGGGAGAUAUCGCCCAGAUCAAAUAUGGGGACCUACUGCCCGCUGAUGGCGUGCUCAUCCAGGGCAACGACCUCAAAAUUGACGAAAGCUCCCUAACGGGAGAAUCAGACCAUGUACGCAAAGCCGUGGAUAAAGAUCCCAUGUUGCUCUCCGGUACUCACGUCAUGGAAGGUUCUGGAAGGAUGGUGGUCACCGCCGUCGGUGUCAACUCUCAGACUGGCAUUAUUUUUACUUUGCUUGGAGCCAGUGGAGAAGAGGAGGAGAAGAAGGAGAAGAAAGCUAAGAAGCAAGAUGGGGCAGUUGCCAUGGAGAUGCAGCCACUGAAGAGCGCUGAGGGUGGGGAGAUGGAGGAACGGGAGAAGAAGAAAGCCAAUGGCCCCAAAAAGGAAAAGUCUGUGCUUCAGGGGAAGCUCACAAAGCUGGCCGUGCAAAUUGGAAAAGCAGGUUUGGUGAUGUCCGCAUUCACCGUUGUCAUCCUGGUCAUCUACUUCGUGAUCCACAACUUCGUCAUCGGUGGCCGGACGUGGCUCUCCAACUGCACACCCGUCUACGUGCAGUACUUUGUCAAGUUCUUCAUCAUCGGGGUCACCGUCUUAGUUGUUGCCGUUCCCGAAGGACUGCCACUAGCUGUCACCAUCUCCCUCGCAUACUCGGUCAAGAAAAUGAUGAAAGAUAACAACCUCGUUCGCCACCUGGAUGCCUGUGAGACCAUGGGCAAUGCUACAGCUAUCUGCUCUGACAAGACAGGAACACUCACCACCAAUCGCAUGACAGUUGUUCAGUCCUAUGUGGGGGACACUCACUACAGAGAGAUCCCCGACCCCAACAACCUGAACCCCAAAAUCCUGGAUCUCCUUGUCCAUGCCAUUUCCAUUAACAGUGCCUACACCACCAAAGUGCUACCUCCAGAGAAGGAAGGAGCCCUCCCACGUCAGGUCGGCAAUAAAACAGAGUGCGCCCUGCUGGGUUUUGUCCUGGACUUGAAACAGGACUUCCAGCCAGUGCGGGACCAGAUCCCCGAGCAGAAGCUUUACAAGGUUUAUACCUUCAACUCUGUCCGCAAGUCAAUGAGCACUGUCAUCUGCAUGCCCGAUGGUGGCUUCCGACUGUUCAGCAAAGGAGCUUCAGAAAUCCUUCUCAAAAAAUGCACCAAUAUCUUAAACAACAAUGGAGAGCUCCGCAGCUUCCGUCCUCGGGACAGGGAUGAGAUGGUGAAGAAGAUCAUUGAGCCAAUGGCCUGUGAUGGUUUACGUACCAUCUGCAUCGCCUACAGGGACUUUUCUGCAGGCCAGGAGCCCGAAUGGGACAAUGAGAAUGAGAUUGUGGGAGAACUCACCUGCAUCGCUGUUGUGGGCAUCGAAGAUCCCGUCCGACCUGAGGUUCCUGAAGCUAUCCGCAAAUGUCAGCGGGCCGGUAUCACGGUGCGCAUGGUGACUGGAGACAACAUCAAUACUGCCCGGGCCAUCGCAGCCAAGUGCGGCAUCAUCCAACCCGGCGAAGAUUUCCUGUGCCUGGAAGGGAAGGAAUUCAACCGCCGUAUUCGCAAUGAGAAAGGAGAGAUCGAACAAGACCGCCUGGAUAAGGUCUGGCCCAAGCUGAGAGUCUUGGCUCGAUCUUCUCCCACUGACAAACACACCCUGGUGAAAGGGAUUAUCGACAGUACCAUCGGAGAGCAGCGGCAAGUGGUGGCUGUGACUGGAGAUGGGACCAAUGAUGGGCCUGCUCUGAAGAAGGCCGAUGUGGGCUUUGCUAUGGGGAUCGCAGGAACAGAUGUGGCCAAGGAGGCUUCCGACAUCAUCCUGACCGACGACAAUUUCUCCAGCAUCGUCAAGGCGGUGAUGUGGGGCCGAAAUGUUUACGACAGCAUUUCUAAGUUCCUGCAGUUCCAACUGACGGUCAACGUGGUGGCUGUGAUCGUGGCCUUCACAGGAGCCUGCAUCACCCAGGAUUCCCCUCUCAAAGCAGUCCAGAUGCUGUGGGUGAAUCUCAUAAUGGACACGUUCGCUUCGCUGGCACUGGCAACAGAACCACCCACCGAGUCCCUCCUUCUGCGAAAGCCAUAUGGUCGAGACAAGCCCCUCAUCUCCCGUACCAUGAUGAAGAAUAUUCUGGGCCACGCCAUCUAUCAGCUCACUGUCAUCUUCACCCUGCUGUUUGCAGGUGAGGUCAUGUUUGACAUCGACAGCGGCCGAAACGCCCCUCUGCACUCUCCGCCCUCCGAGCAUUACACCAUCAUCUUCAACACUUUCGUUCUGAUGCAACUCUGUAACGAGAUCAACGCCCGUAAAAUCCACGGAGAGAGGAACGUCUUCGAAGGCAUCUUCAGCAAUCCCAUCUUUUGUUCCAUAGUCCUGGGCACCUUUGGCAUUCAAAUUGUGAUCGUACAGUUUGGUGGGAAGCCCUUCAGCUGCGCGCCUUUAACCAUUGAACAGUGGCUCUGGUGCCUGUUCAUCGGUAUCGGGGAACUCGUCUGGGGACAGGUCAUCGCCACCAUCCCCACCAGCCAGCUGAAGUUCCUGAAAGAGGCAGGGCACGGGCCGGGAAAGGAUGAAAUCACCGACGAGGAGAUGGCAGAAGACGAGGAAGAGAUCGACCACGCCGAGAGGGAACUCCGCCGUGGCCAGAUCCUCUGGUUUCGAGGCCUUAACAGGAUCCAGACUCAGAUGGAGGUAGUGAGUACUUUCAAGAGAAGCGGUUCAUUUCAGGGUGCCGUGCGCCGACGUUCUUCGGUCCUCAGCCAACUCCAUGACGUAACCAAUAUUUCUACCCCUACUCACGUAAUUCUCUCUGCUGCCAAUCCCACCAGUGCUGCUGGGAGUGAGUCUUGAUUUCCCUUUUCUGAUCAUCUUUAAGCAAAAAAAAAAAAAAAAAAAAAAAAACCAAAAAAUAUAUAUAUAUAAAUAUAUAUAUACAUAUAUAUUACCCCCCCCUAAAAAAACCCCUCCCCACAACUCUUUCUUCUCUUUUUUCCAGUCUUGCAUUCUCUGCUCAACGUGGCUUUUAAGUUGUUCUUUUAUUGCUCUGUCUAGUCCUUUUUCAGUCAAGAUGGUGUAUACGUUCUAAAGCCAUGUUCUCUUAUAAUAUUUCUCUCCAUCUGUGGUCUCACUAGACCUGUUCUUUUAGCUGUAGUUUAUUUUUUCUUUUGUUUCAGUUUAGUGCUCUUUUGCCUUUGAUUUUCCAUUUUACUUCUUUUGUAUCUGCCGAUGGUUUUUUUUUUUGUGAGUUUGGGCUACUUCUGGUGUUGUAACCUGUCUUUUGGUGUAUUAAUAUAAGGGUUUAGGAGCUCAGGUGCUCUAUUUAGAAGGGUGAGGGGGCAGUGCAAAAUCAGGAGUGUUUUUACCGAGAAAAUUUCCUUUUCUGUAUCAUUUAUGAUGGAAGAAUCCACUAUCUGGGGGUGGGGCCCAAAAUCGGUAGCAUCCAGCCCUUUCUUGGAGUUGAUUUCCAGGGGACGGAGCCAUUCUGAAAUGUUCAGAACUCGACGGACGUUACUGCUGCCUUCCCGGAGAUCACGGGCCAGGGCCAGUGUUACCUACCACUGGGCUACUGCUACUGCUCAGCAAUGGGAGCGAUAACACCGCUGCCUAUGCUACCUCUUUCCAUUCUGGAGGGAAAGGCUCUGCCCUCUGAGCUUACUUCUCUAAACCCUCUGAUUUUUCUAUGUUCUCUAUAAAUUCAAUCUCGACCAAA